AUGGUAACCACUGCUGUUUUACUUGUUCAGGAUGCUUCACCGAAUAGUAUAACAACAUUCCACGACCUCAUCUCGAAUGAGAUACCCAAGGUCCUUGGACGCUGGUCGUUUGAUCUGAAGAUAUUCAAGCAAAACGUACACGGCAGCGCGGGUGGGGACUCCCAAUUCCUCUACGAUCUAUCGUUUGAUAACGAGCAAGGUAAGAGCAUCACCGUUGUGAAUGGCGAAGCCAUUGUAACAACCAAUGACAUCCCAGAGGGUCUUAUUGAUAGUGGAUGCUCCAAUGGGGCCGCAGAUAGUCUAGACCAUAUCAUCCAAACCAAGCUACAAGGUUUGUGGCUGCUGAGACAGACGCUAAAGGGCGAGAACGGGAACAGCUAUGAGAUUAGAAACGGCGAGUUUGUGAUAAAGGCCAUCAACGUCUUCCUCCACGGUAAUUUCAAGAACUUCCUCAUAAUGAUGGAGUACCAUGGCAACGAUGUCGAUGGCGUGGGCAAGCUGGAGAGGCUCGUUGAAGAGCUCGGGUUCCCCAAGGGUAAGCUAAGCACUGGUUCUCUUGGUACUAGCCCACAACAGCCAGCAGAUCUUGCGUUCCAAUACACAGAGGCUUUGAAUGUACAGAGAUAA